GACGCUGCAGUGCCUUCUCUGCUUGCAGAACUGAAGUCGACGACCACGCCGGAGCCAGAUGCGACUUCUGUUGCAGGGUGCAUAGAAGACGUGGCGGGUCCUGUGUCGAAGUCUUCUAGCGGCCAUCCCGUUUGUGGCAUAAGCAUUCCUUUCAGCUACGAGCCCAGAUACGAAUUCGUACCUAGGGCUUGAUUUUAUUGCAAACUCAACUAGGGUUUUUUUUCUGGCUCAGCAAUUGGCUGCAGAAUUGUCAUAGAAACAUCGAUGCCUAGGUACUACUGUGACUACUGUGACACUUAUUUGACCCACGACUCUCCAUCAGUUAGAAAGCAGCAUAAUGCAGGUUACAAGCACAAGGCAAAUGUGAGAGCCUACUACCAGCAAUUUGAGGAGCAACAAACCCAGAGUCUAAUUGACCAAAGGAUCAAAGAACAUCUUGGGCAAGCUGCAGCAUUUCAGCAGGUUGGUGCAGCUUUUAAUCAACAUUUGUUGACUCAGAGGCCUCGCUUUCCAGUCUUGCCAACUCCAGGAGUGCCGAUUGCUGGAAAUGCACAAAUUCCAGGAAGUCAACCACUAAUGCCAGGGAUCAGACCUCCUGUGUUGCCUAGACCAGUUCCUGGCGCUCCAGGAUAUGCUUCUGUACCUUCCAUGCCCCCAAUGGUCCCUCCACCAGGUGCUCCUCUGGCCCCAGGUCAAGCAGCUCUACCCAGGCCUCCUACCCUAGCUCCCCCAGCCACUGCUCCUGGAAGUGCCACAGCACCAACGUCUAAUGGUGCUCCUGUGGCUUCAUCAGCUAUGUAUCAAGCCAAUCCACCAGCACCAUCUUCUGGCGGUUAUGAGGGUUUCAAUGCUAAUGCUCAGUCAACUGAAGGCAAUCACUGACGUGGUAUUCGAUCGACAGAUUGCCCCUUUGGCAAUAUCAGAGUAAUCACGUGCUGAUAAUCUUGGCGCCUAGAAUGUAGAGAUUAGUGACUGUAUUUUUGGACUAAAGAAGGAAUUUAUGUAUUUUACUGCUGAUUACUCGUAUUUAUGUUGACCUUGUUUUGUUGAUAAAUCCUAUCUUGAUUGGAAGGGCGAGAAAGAAUUGAUAUCCAAUGCAGUUAUUUUAAUUGUCAUUUAAUUCUGUUAUUCGGAAA